UGACUUUGCCACAGCGAAUGGCAGUGCUGUGGAGGCGAUAUACCGGUCUCCAGCUCCAAGUCGGACCAAGCUAAGAUAGAACAACGAGGUGCCUCGUUAUUCGAUCCAUGCAGUCACUCCCUCCCCGAAUGGCACCAUGGAACCCCUCGACGAGGUCACCGACUUCAACCACCCAUACACUCCGUACGAUGUACAAACACAAUUCAUGACAGAAGCCUAUAAGGUGCUUCAGACUGGGAAUGGGCAGAUUGGAAUCCUUGAGAGCCCCACUGGCACGGGCAAGUCUCUCUCCCUCAUAUGUGCUGCGCUCACCUGGCUACGAAACCAUAAAUCGCACGAGAACGAGCUGUCUCUCGGAUCUACAGAUGUUAACCUCGAGGAUGAGCCUGAUUGGAUCAUUGAACAAACCCUCAAACGAAAAAGAGAUGACAUCUCCAAGAAAUGGAAGCAGCGUGAACAGCGCCUUGAGCAAAUCCGUGUCAAGGAGAAAGCUCGCGAGGCACGCAGCGCCAAGCGGCGCCGCAUUGAUGAUGGCAACCAGAAGAAAGUUCGCAAAAAUCCUGAAGACGAAGAAGCAGAAUGGUUGCUGGAUGAUGCAGACGAACCUACCUCGCAGAGCGAUGCUCUGUCGGGCCUUGGCAAAGAGACACUAGAAAUUCUAUCUCGAUACGGCCUUGGAGGACUGAAGCGUGACAAAGAAGACGAGGAGAUACUCGAGGAUGGUGUAAAGGUGUGCUUGCGCUGUCUUAAUUGGAACGACAUAAGGACUGCUGGUAACGUUAUUAGAUAUUUUACACAUCAAGAACGCAUUCGCAGCUCUCGCAA